AUGUCAAGCAAAAAAUCCCAUUCCCAGCUCAAUGUAAAAUUUCUUUCACUGAAUCUGUUUCUUAGGCCACCUUUUAUCCACACAAAUGAAAGUGACUAUAAAGAUGCACGACUUCAGUAUUUCAUUCAAAAUAUAAUUCAAGAAUACGACAUUAUAUGUCUUCAAGAAACAUACUCUGCAUACACUUUAAGACAAAACCGCUUAAUAGAGGAAGCAGAAACAAAACAAUUUUUAUACUCAGCUGUAAGUCCAAAGCCUAAAUUUUGGUCAACCCAAUUUGUUGACUGUGGCUUAGUAAUUCUAAGCAAGUAUCGCAUCGUUGAAGUCGAGUUUUUACCUUUUACAUAUUCCCUUCUUCCAGACAAACUUUCAUACAAAGGCUCUUUAUAUGCCAAAAUUUUAAUUAAUGGAAAAUAUAUCCAUGUUUUCACUUCACAUUUGCAAUCAAAGCACCCCACUGAAGACAGUGCUCAAUAUUUAGCCUAUAGGCUUGUAAGAAGAUCACAAUUGAUAGAAUUAAGAAAUUAUAUUGACACUAAAAUUGGAAACACUAAUGAAGCAGCAAUUAUUGCUGGAGAUUUAAAUAUAGAUGGUAGAGAAGAACUAAAACCUCCAGCAUUUCCUGUGAUUUUUAUUUAGGACAUUGAGUGCAAAGAUGAUUAUGAGAAUUUCAUAAAUAUUUUAUCAAAACAUGGAAAAGCAGCCUUAGUUGAUAUCUUAAGAAAAAAAUACGGGCACUCUCCGGCAACAUUUGGAAGAGGAGAUGAGAAUGGAAACCCACUUGAAAAAGUACUGACUGCGCCUGAUCAAACACUAUGGGACGAAUCAUUGGACUAUAUUCUAAUGAUUAAUGAAAACACCAGCGGCGUCACUAUAAAUUGGAGCGAUACCCAUGUAGAGCCUUUUUAUAUAUCGGGGCAACCUUUUACUCAAAUAAGUGACCAUGCUGGAGUUCAAACAUCUUUUAGAUGCUAA